UUCUGCCAAAUUCCUCCAAAUCAAUCGUUUCUCUCUCGAAUUACAAACCCUAGCAGCCGCUAGAUCUACUUUCUUCUCAGCCUAAUUACUACUUAGUAAUUAAUUAAGCAGCUGUCUGUCUGCAUGAAAACAAAAUGGCCAACAGUGUUUCGGUACCACUGAAUUGAAUCCUUUUAAUAAUAAUAUAUCCAUUUUUAACGGUGUGCAGUAGAUCCAUUUUUAACGCUGCCCAUUAAUUUCGCCGUGGCGGGCGGGCUUGGUACGUUGCUAAAGGCUGCUCGAUAUGGUAACAAAUACCAAGAAGGUAGAUUUAUUAAACUGAAUGGUAAAUUACAAGUUUGAUCAUUGGGUUCACUUUCACUUCUGUCAUUCCAAAUAUUUUUUUAAUAAGAGUGAUAUAUGUUUUUUUUUUUUUUUUUUUUUUUUUUUUUUUUUUUUUUUACAAAAGCUUCACUCUUCUAUAAAGUAACUGAGCAUCUCCAACUCUGUUCCAACCAGCAACGAACGAAAGGAGAACACACAGAGUCGCCGUCGGCAUGAUUAUUUCAGAGCAUCUCCCCGAAAUCCUCGUCACCUUUGCCGUCGUCGUAUUCUUCCACUUCCGCCGGCUGGCCAACAAGCGAAACCAGCAGCAGCAUACUAACAUUGUCCCCGAAAUCCCCGGUGCCCUGCCUCUGGUCGGCCACCUCCACCUCCUGAGGGGCAACCAGAUCCUUGCGCGGAAGCUGGCCUCCUUCGCCGACAAGUACGGCGCCGUCUUCACCGUCCGCCUCGGAGCCAACAACCCGACCGUCGUGGUCAGCGACUACGACGACGUCAAGGACUGCUUCACCACCCACGACCGGAUCCUCGCCUUCCGGCCGGACUCCAGCCACGCCAAGAUCCUGGGGUACAACUACGCCGCCAUCGGAUUCGCGCCUUACGGCACCUACCUCCGCGAAAUGAGGAAGCUGCUCACCACCCAGCUCCUCUCCGCCCAUCGAAUCAAGGCCCUCGCACACGUCCAGAUCUCCGAGAUCCAUUUCCUCAUCGCCGACCUCUACCAGCAGAGCGUCGGCGGAGGCGGAAACGAUGAUGAUAAGGCCAAUGUUGUUGUGAUCGGGGAGGCAGUCCAGGGCACAGUGAUCAAUAUAAUUACUCGGAUGAUCGCCGGGAAGCGGUAUAGAUACUAUGACGACAAGGAAUCUUCGGGGCAGGGGAGGCCAAUUGUUCAGGUUCUGAGGGACAUUGUAGUGCUCACCGGUACGCUCGUCCCUUCCGACUCGAUUCCAAUCCUCGGGUGGCUCGGGUUGUUCCAGGGAGUUGUGAAGGACAUGAAACGGGUGAGCAAAGAGAUGGAUGCCAUCAUGGAAACCUGGAUCGACGAGCACAAGGAGGAGAGGAAGAAGAACAAAGUCGAUGCAAAUCCCGACCUUAUCCACAUGAUGCUCUCGGAAUUUAAAGACCAACUCUUCCACGGCCACCAGCGAGAGAAUGUCAUCAAGGCCACCAUUCUGUCUGUAUUCGUGGCAGGGACCGACACAACAUGGACUACAGUGACGUGGAUCCUAUCGAACUUGCUGAACCACAAGUCGGCAUUAAGGCUGGCUCAAGAGGAAAUCGACAAUAAAGUUGGGAAAGAUCGAUGGGUGGAGGAGUCCGACAUUCAAAAUCUGACGUAUCUGAGAGCCGUGGUUAAGGAGAGCAUGCGAAUGUAUCCGGUGGCUCCACUUUCGGUGCCCCGAAAAGCGUCGGAGGAGUUUGUGAUCGGAGGGUUCCGUGUUCCCAAGGGGACUUGGUUCAUGGCCAACUUCUGGAAGCUGCACAGGGAUCCGAGGCUGUGGUCCGAUCCAGACGUGUACAAGCCGGAGAGGUUCCUGAAUACCGACGCCAAACGGGAGGUGUUCGGGCAGCAGUUCGAGUACCUCCCGUUUGGGUCGGGCAGGCGCGGUUGCCCCGGGAUUCAUUUUGGAAUGCAGAUGACCGAAUUGGUUUUGGCCAGGCUGCUCCAAGGGUUUGAUUGGACUACUCCGGGAGAUCAGCCCGUGGACAUGAGUGAAGUGUCGGGGUCCUCGGGGAUCACACUUCCCAGAGCCAUUCCGCUAGAGGUGCUUCUCAACCCACGCCUUUCUCCUCAACUUUACACAAAAUAGCUAGCUAGAGAUAAAUUUUAGACAGUACUUGUCCUUUGUUUAACUGGCAAGUACUUUUGUCCUAUGUUCUGAUCUAUCGGAGAUGGAGAUGCUUCAUCCUAAGUAUCAAAGGAAGCUGAAUUUGUUUGUGGUCAGCUUGUCUCCGCCACUUCUUUUUCUUCGUCUUCCUCCUUGCUUCACCAAGUAGAACUUAGUGUUUCGGAGAUGUGUGUUGCCCUUGACUUGGACUCAGAUUGAAGAUUUAUGAUGACUCAUAAUAAUAACUAGCUUGUAACCCGACCCGUUGGUCGGAGGAGCUGAGCCGAAUAUUGAAUUAUUGGGAUAACCCGUAGAUUCAACCAUUAAGCUAAAUUGGUCUAAUGGUGAGUACCGCCUAGCAUAUCCCUAAUAAUCAUACCAAAGUGAAUAUAUUGGAACAUAAACAGUACAUCAAAAGUUGGUACAACCAUGAAGUUAGACCAUUAAAAACAUACCAAUGAAAUUGAAUAGCAUCGAAAACUUCAACUUCAUUAUAUAAUUACAUGAGAUCAGAAAGAGAACACCAUUAAUUUGAUUUAUAAAACUUUCAUCUUGUCGUCAUUGUGCUUUCUGGUUUUUGUCAGGCCAUGAUAAAAUCUAAGGAAAUCAAGAACGAACAACACGAUUUGGGAUAGGAACCACCGUUGUCGUAUUCCUAGAGAAUGGUGGUAAACACGGACUCACCUGCCAAAGUGGUUUGGAUUGAGAUUUUUAUCGGGUAUCAGGGAACCAUGUGAUUAUAAAUUAGACUUGAUCAAAACGGGCCAAAACUUAAAAUUCAGCCUGUUUGACCGACCCAUGCAAAAUUCUAAUUAUUCGUUACUUUUAAACUUUCUAUUUGAAAAUAAAAAAUAGUGAAAGAAAAUAGAUGACUGCAAUUCGCCAUUUGCACAUCACUUAUUCGUGAAUAAAACCAUAGAAAUUCAAAAGAAACUGAAAAUGUUUAGGAUCGUUUUAAUGUUUAAAAUAACCAAAUAGAUCUUUCUGUUUAGUUUUUUACUAACAAAUACCAAACGAUUCCCUAUAAAAUACACUAUAAUUUUAUCAUUAUGAUAUCAAAUAAUUAUAUAAUAUAUAUUUGAAAUGAUAAAAAUUGGACUAAUUGGGUUGGUCGAGAUUGAACCAUUGAAUAACUUUAAACUACAUUAUAUUUUAGCCACUAAAAUAUAAAAUAAUAUAAUAAUAUAUAUUAUGCUAGAGAAAAUAGCUUGAUUUAGAAUGUCAAACCAAUGAUGUUCAUUUGUUUUAUUUGAUGGCCAAAUCCGGUGUAGGUCAGGCCCAUUCAACUCUUUUAUUUUAUGGUUAGCGGUUAGCCCUUUAGAUACCAUGCAUUAGUUAAUUGUUAAAUUUUUUUUAUUUUUAGCAUAAAAAGAAGUAUUGUUUUUGUCUUUUCAUAUAUAUUUUAUCACCACGGAGAAAUACAAGGGGUUAAAGAAAAAAUUGACACUCCUGAACCCGUUUAAAUCCGCAUGUGUACGGUAAGUUGGCCUGUUCCACAGAGGAAAGAGAAAAAAAUUAACACUACCUAUUCUACCCUUCCUACAAACGCUCAUGGAGCAGGGAAUUUGAAAUGGGGGAAGGGGUUUUUCCUCCCUGCUAUUAUAUGUUUUUGAUUUAAAAGGAUGCAACAAAUGUACUUAGUGUGAUUGGUUAUGUUUCUUGCUUUUCUUUAAAAUGGACAUGGUUCGAAUCCCAGUACGUGUCUUUUUAAUGAAUAAAAAAAAGUAAUUGUGAAGACCAAAAUGUCCUUCCUACUUUCACUCUCGUUGCAGGAAAUUUGAAAUGGGGCUCCCGUUUUUCCCUUCGGUGUAUUAUAUUAUGUGUAGAUUCUUAGGAGAGGUUACUUAAGAGCGAGGCUAGAUUCGCUUUCUAUGACCACCACCCUAAAAUGUAAAAGGAGUAUUGUUAAGGGACAAUCCAAGUAGCACAUCGGAAAUACAAGGGAAGAAACCUU